CGCACCCCGGUCUGCGCGAAUUUUUCCUCGGUUAUGUUCGACCGACUCCAGUGGACAAGGAUCAAAGAGUUUUGGCAAUGUUGUCGAAUAGGGGUGGUGUCAAUCUCCGAUUUUAUCAAACAUGAGCCAGUUGCAAAUUGACAGAAAGGUCUCUCGCUGCUCCCAAGCACAAUCACAUUGCCACUGCGACAGCAGAAGUAUGGAUUAGUCGAUAUGCCACAAGCAGCCUAUAUGAUCUCCGACACAGACCGUCGUGGUCUGGUGGUCGUUGUCGCCACUCUCUUCAUGUCUUGGAUGGUCCUGGUCAGCCUCUUUCGCAUCUACAUGCGCUUGGCUAUCAUAGGGCCGUGGGGACUGGACGAUCUGAUGGCUAUAUUUGGUGCUAUGAUGGGGAUCGCUGAUGUCGGGGUAACGAUGAAAGGUGUCAACGAUGGAUUGGGAAGCACAGAGAACCACCAAAGGGCGCCUCAAAUCGACCUCGCUGAACAGGAUUUAUAUGCUACAAAUCUUCUGUUCCUGGCUGGCCAUUGUGCAGCCAAACUGUCGGUUCUCUUUCUCUUGCAACGUCUGGGAAGAGAAAGAUCAUAUCUGAGGGCAUGCGUGGGAGUGAUGGCGGGCAUUGUCCUAUGGGCGGUGGUAUCGAUCUUGAUCAUCUCUUUGAAAUGUCCAUUUCGUCACCCGUGGCUCAUCGACCAAUGUGCGAACAUACUCGCUCGCUGGAAAGCUAUUACCGUUCUAGAUGUCAUAACCGAACUUUCGUUACUUAUCCUCAGUUUAUAUCUUGUCUGGCCGGUCCGCUUGACACGAAUGCGGAAGGCUGGUGUUAUUGGCGCGUUUGGGACGAGAAUCGGAAUUGUCAUCCUUUCUAUCGUGCGGCAAACCACGCUAGACACCAUUGCACAUACCAACGACCUCCUUCUCGACAUCUCCGACGCAGUCAUCCUAACUCAAGUCCUCUUGCAUUGCAGUAUCAUGGCAGCGACAUUGCCCUGUCUCAAACCGUUCGUUGUGGCGUUUAACACUGGUUGGGGUCAAGGCACAGUUGGACAAGAUGGUAGUAGCUAUUACCAUCAGCCCAGCACGGCAUCAGCGACUGUGGAAAGGUCUCAUGCUGCUUCGGGGAAAGGAGGAUCGGAAGCCUCGCGGCAAAAGAAUUGGGACAGAACGGCUGUGGGAGACUCGAGUCAUCGAGACUCUCAAGAGUGGAUCAUUCAGGAGACCCGAGAAUGGUCGUUGCGGUAUGAGACGAUCGAGAUGAAGCCAGUGGAUUCGAAAAGAUAGACGAAGAAGGGUGCUCGGGGGUAUGUAUUGUCUGGUACAACGAGCCACUACGGAAAAUCUCGUAAUUAAUGCCUAAUGUGGUAUGUCGACCAACUAUCUUACUAGCGGUAAC